AGCUUCAUAUUUCAAUUGCGGGUCCAGUUUAAAUAGCAUUCUCUGUACUAGCAGGACUAAUGUGGAUUUAAAGCCUAAGUAGUUAAGUAGCUGCAGUAGAGCAAUAUCAUCAGCAGUUCUUCUGUUUUCAGUAUCUGGAGGUGGACUUGGGACGAUAUAAAGAUAAUCAGCAAUGACCCAACAAGGAGCAGCAUCACUGCAAGCAUACAUCAACGAGCUCAUCAAGAAUAUAGAUCAGCUGACUUUUAAAAGAGAUGAGCUAAAUAAGCACAUCCAGCGGGAGGAAGUGGAGAAGACUCAUCUUCAGCAUGACAUCCGUAUGCUUACGGAGAGGUUAAAUCGUGUGUCUGAGAGUCUGGACCGCCGCCUCGCUACACGCAAUGAGCUUGAUAGGACCAUCGCUGAGACGGAAGCUGGGUAUAUAAAAAUUCUAGAAAGUUCUGAGACUCUAUUAAGUGAUCUGAAGAAGGAGACCGGAAACCUCACCAAAGCGACGGAGCCUCGGAGCAACAGAGACCGUUUACCUCUGUAGCUGUAUGGCUGUAAUGCUCAGACACCGUACAGCAUUUUACUUAGCUUUCAUAUCUUGAUAUUUUAAUAUUGAAUUUACUUUUAUGAUCAUACACUGAAUUAAAAUGGGAUGUUUUUAACAAA